AUUAUUUAUAACAGCAAAAGUCUGGAAACAACCCACAUACCCAUCAAUAAGGGCUUGGUUGAAUAAACCAUGGCUUACUCCCAAAGGCAGUGCCAUGCUUCAUAAAACGAAUGAGAAGGAUACCUACAUACUGAAGUGGAGUGAUCCUCCAGAUAUAUUACUAAAAAAAUAAAUAAAAGCAAGAUGUGUAACAAUGUAUUUAGUAUGCAACCUUUUAUAUCAGGGGAUAAGAACAUAUAAUACAUACAUAUUUUUGUAUGUUUACAAAAAGAAAUACUGAUAAGAAACAACCAAAAAUGGUCACCAAGAGGAGGAAGAGAUAGGGAUGGGACACAGAAGCAAGUUCUCUCUGAAUAUACCUUGUUGUAUAGCUUUGACUUAAGCCAUUCCUAAAAACUGAUAACUAACUGAAACAAAUGAACCUAACUUUACAUAAAGUUGAUGAUAUAAAAAUGUAGAGAAAACAAUUAUUUCAUGUUGCAUUAGAACACAGAAUUGACUGUACAUCCUUGGUGAAAUAUUCUAAGAACAAACAGAGCUGCCAAGAAAUCUUAAACUUUAUUCAGUAGUUUGUAAUCUAAUUGUCUGCAGCAAUACUGGUAUUAUUUUGAAACUAUUACAGGAUGAUACAAAUAAACAAUUAUGUUAAUGCUGUUAGGGGCCAUUUAUAGGAAAUAUGGGGGAUAGAGAAACAAAUUAAAUCUUCACAAGGAAGCAAACAGAUAAAUCCAGAUGAGGGAUGUUCUAGAGAACAAAUCAACGAGUUUUGGCAACAUGGAGAGAAAAGGGGUGAGGAGGUAGGAGAAGGGACUUGAAUUUUCAUCUGGUAAUUUCUAUAUUGUCAGUUCUUCCAUGCUUUUAAAAUACUUUAUUCAGCACUCUUGGCUGUUUUUAGCAGAAAAUUCAGUCUGAAGAGCCAACUAUAUUACCAAAAGUAGAGAAUAUAAUACUUUUAGUCUCAAAUAAGCACAAGAAAUGUUAGCAACUUAAGAAAUAAAGAUAAAUUGACUGAGUUUCCAAACUGUUGAUUAACAUAGGAUAGUUGUUUCCUGGCAGGUAAUUUAUUAUACCUUGCACAAUGCUGGGGUAGUAUAUCCCAGGACAGUGUGUUUCACAAAAGAAUAUGUAAAUGAAUUUACUACUUAGUCUAGAAUAUAAUAGUUGCCUAAACAGCUGUAAUUCUGGACUUGACAGACUUAUCUAAAAUGUAAUGUGUCUUAAUAAUAUCUAAAAUAAGUUGUAACAAACAGUUAAAUCAAUAAAAAUUAUUUCUGGAGUAAUAGUAAUAUGCUAUUAUUUUAUUUCAUGAGAAUUUCUAAAAGCAUAAGAUAAGGACAGUUUGUUACAAUUCAAAUAUAUUAAAAUGUUCCCUCUUUUUCUUUUUGAGAAUUUUACAAUAAUCUUUGAAUAAGAAGCACCAAUGUGGUAUGUCCCCAAACUCAGAAAUGAAAAACGCUGACACUACUAUUGGAAUUAUAUUAUUAUAUGUAGUGGAGUCUAACCUUGAUACAGCCUAAACCCAAAUUCAUUUGAAUCCAUUAGUUAAUGAAAUAACAUGUUCUUUCUUUCGAACAAAAGUACUGGUAAGUAUAAUGGAACUGGAUAAUUCUACUUUCACAUGAGACUUCCUAAAAUUAAAAGGAGAGACUUAAGUGUUUGGUAAAUUGACUCUCAGUCACAUCCCUUGAAGUAUAACAGCGGAUAAGAGCUGAAACAGAAGAAAUCUAAAUGUCAAAACAUCCUCUAUUUCUACAAUAUUGCUGAAUGGAGUAUUUUUAAUACAUUACUUUUAAGCCCUAAGAUUGAUGACUGGUUUCUGAAAUCCAUAGAAAGAAUCUUAUUAAGAGUCCAAGGCUGAACCCUCCAAGUGAAAUGGGAAUAAAGUAUCUAAUCAAUAAUAAACUUCUAACACUGCAGACUUUGAAAAUGUAGAUACUUUUCGAGGAACAUUAAUUUUAUACAAAAGGUGACUCCUAGAUUAUGGUUUGCUUUCUAAGAAAAUAAACUUCAAAUUUUAAUACUAAAUUUAAGUUCUAAUUGGGGUAAAAUAAUGGCAAAUAUAAUUUAGAGAAAAACAGAGGAUUUAGUAACUAGGCAUAAAGAGAUUUUCCUUAAAUGCAAUAUGUUAAUAAUUGCUGGUUUUUAAAUGGUAUCAAUUUGUAAUGAACAUGCCAUUAACUUUAUUUGCUUUCUCUUCUAAGGUAAACUGACUACUCUGGAAAUUAGACAAGUUUUAAGAAAUUAUGUACAAUCAGUCUACUGAAGAGUGGAGCAUAAACUAUCAUAAAUCUGGUCUCAUUUUAUUAAACUCAUGGCCAAAGCUUUCCCUUUUACAUUAUUUCACAUGAUUUUAAAAGUAUAAAUGGCUCUCUCAGAAGAUAAGAUGUAAAACAGUCUGAAGAAAUCACCUGAAAUUGAUGCCAUUGUUUAUAAAACAUAAAAUCAAAUCAAUGGCCAUUCAUACAGUAUCAAAGAUGCCUCUGGAGAAAACAAUACUCAUAAUCACUCAUCAAACAAAGUUUCAUAAAGAAAAAGAAUCUUUAACCCAAAGGUCAUAAAAUAAGACACAUUUAUUUUACCACAUGAACUGAUAUAAAAGCAUAAGAUGCUCAUUUAAAAAUGCAUCUUUGCUUGUGUGUAGCCUGGGAAAAUGAUCCGUUCGUUAUAUCAGAAAGACAAAGACAAAAUAAUAUUUAAGUACUUCUUACUUCCCCAAAAGAGAGAUGAACACUUAAGUGGCUGAUAAAUUUAAAAGCAAUUAUACAUAAUAAGCAUCAUGUUGGGGGAGUACAUAAAAAUUAAAUAGAUUGUAUUAUGUUAUUUUAAAAGUGACACGACAACAUAAAACAGCAGGAGUUAAAAAUAGUUAAAACUAAUAUUGUAGAAAACCAUCUGCAGGGAAGAUCAAAUUCAUUUUCAACAUUUUUCAACAUGUAAAAAGAAUGAAGAGUAGAGGCAUUAAAAAGAACCACAAAUUCUUCACAAGGGAAAUGUUAAAAUGUGGAACCUGAGCUCAGACAAACACUCAGAAAUGAGUGAGGGCUAGGUCUAACAUGCAUGAGGCAUUCCAUCCUAUAGCAAAUCUGAACUAUAUAGGUAUGCUUAAUGCUAUAAAUUUAGAAAAAAAUAUUUUUUUGGUCCAUUUUGUUGCGUGUGCACCUCUUGCAAUAAAUUUGAGUCAGCACCAAUGACAGCUCUGCAGUCCUCCUAUGUGGUGCUGAUCAGGUGGUUGCAGAGCUUCAGCUCACAGCAACACAAUGCAGCUGAGCAGGCAAGCACAGCCCUCAGCCAGAAGCGGUUCUGAUUCUCCAGAACAAGGCGACCUUUAAGCUUAAGUUUCCCGGAGAAAAUGAGAUGCUGAUGCUGAAGACGACACUAUGGUAAGAUGUUAUUUAAAUCAGUAAAAGAUCAACCUCGAAAUUUUUUUUCUUUUUCUUUAAGAAAAAGUCAGUGUUAGGAUUGAAUAUAUAUUCAAUAGCAAGUGCAUGCACCAGAAAUUUGCUGCAGUGUCAGUGAAGGAAUUUCUUUUCAAUAUUCAUUCACUCUGUAAAUAUACACAUUGUUUUCUUUUAGAAUCGGCACUGAGAUAUGCAGGAAAAAAUCACUUUAUAAAACGUGAGGUCUGAAGGUAUGAUGUUGGUUUGGAUUUUGCAAGUGCCUUAAAAUGCUUUGCAAGGAUAUAUUUAUCCUGAAAACACAAAGAUGAAUUUCUAAUAUUGCUUUAAUAUCUAAGUAAAAUCUCAUCCCCCACACACAUUGACUAUUACUUUACUGCAGAGAUCGGGGGGAAAAAGGCACACGACAGCCAUUUUUUCCCUUCUGAGUAAAAAGAAUAUUACCAAAAGCAGUAAUGGCUUAAGAUUUCAACUCUUUAUUUGCAGAGAAUGCCAUUUUAAAAUAUUAAGGCUCUGGGACGAGAAAUAAGAAAGACUAUGAAAGAAGGGAGAAAAUGCAGGAGAAAAUGCAGGAGAGAGUAGGGGAGAGUCUCUCCACACAGCCCCAAUUGAAGGAUUAAGCAUUUGGACUAUAAAUGAAGGGGAGCUUUGUUAGUUUAACCACUGGAACAAUUAUAAAAGGACUCAACAACAAUGAGCUUUAUUGAAAAUUUUGCUUAAUGCUAACUGACCCAUGCAGAUGCCUAAUUGUAUUAGCAUAUUAAAAGAAGGGUGUAUCUGUUUGUUUCUAGGCUUUGAUGGAAUAUCAGAUACUGAAAAUGUCUCCCAGCCUGUUCAUCCUUCUGUCUCUCACACCGGGUAUUUUGUGCAUUUGUCCUCUCCAAUGUAUAUGCACAGAAAGGCACAGGCAUGUGGACUGUUCAGGCAGAAACUUGAGUACAUUACCUUCUGGACUGCAAGAGAAUAUUAUCCAUUUAAAUCUGUCUUAUAACCACUUUACUGAUCUGCAUAACCAGUUAACCCAAUACACCAAUCUGAGGACCCUGGACAUUUCAAACAACAGGCUUGAAAGCCUCCCUGCUCAGUUACCUCGGUCCCUCUGGAAUAUGUCUGCUGCUAACAACAACAUUAAACUGCUUGACAAAUCUGAUACUGCUUAUCAGUGGAACCUUAAAUAUUUGGAUGUUUCUAAGAAUAUGCUGGAAAAGGUUGUUCUCAUUAAAAAUACACUAAGAAGUCUUGAGGUUCUCAACCUGAGUAGUAACAAACUUUGGACAGUUCCAACCAACAUGCCAUCCAAACUACAUAUCGUGGACCUGUCUAACAAUUCCUUGACACAAAUCCUUCCAGGAACAUUAAUAAGCCUGACAAACCUUACACAUCUUUACCUGCACAACAACAAAUUUACAUUCAUUCCAGAUCAAGCUUUUGAGCAACUCUUUCAGUUGAAAGAGAUAACCCUUUACAAUAACAGGUGGUCAUGUGACCACAAACAAAACAUUACUUACUUACUGAAGUGGAUGAUGCAAACAAAAGCUCAUGUGAUAGGAACUCCUUGUUCUAGCCAAAUAUCAUCUUUGAAGGAACAUAACAUAUACCCCACACCUUCUGGAUUUACCUCAAGCUUAUUCACUGUAAGUGGCAUGCAGACAGUGGACACCAUUAACUCUUUGAGUAUGGUAACUCAAUCCAAAGUGACCAAAAUACCCAAACAAUAUCGAACAAAGGAAACAACGUUUGGCGCCACUCUAAGCAAAGACACCACCUUGACUAGUACUGACAAGGCUUUUGUGCCCUACCCAGAAGAUACAUCCACAGAAAUGACUGAUUCACAUGAAGCAGCAGCUGCAACUCUAACUAUUCAUCUCCAAGAUGGAAUGGUUACAAACACAAGCCUCACUAGCUCAACAAAAUCAUCCCCAACACCCAUGACCCUAAGUAUUACUAGUGGCAUGCCCAAUAAUUUCUCUGAAAUGCCUCAACAAAGCACAACCCUUAACUUGCGGAGGGAAGAGACCACUACAAGUGUAAAGACUCGCUUACCUUCUGGGGCAAGUGCUUGGAAAGCAAAUGCUUCGUUUCUCUUAAUGCUCAAUAUUGUGGUCAUGCUGGCCGUCUGAGGGUCUGCGUUUUCUGAAACUAAUGAAAGAACUCCUCCCUGAUGUAUAGUUGGGAAAAUAUGCCCCUAUCUAACCAGUGAUUAAAGCUAUAUUAAGUAUUCAAGAAAGCCAGUGUUACUUUUCUGACUCUGAUGUAAAUGAAGUAACUUGUCUUAAAUAAAAGAACUGCACAAUGUCUUGGUACUUGCUGCUAUUUUACUGUCUUAAGUAAAACUAAUGAAUUUCUUUUUUUAAUGAAAUGCUUUCUUUUUAAGGCUUCAAAUUAUUGCACAAAAUAUAAAGCAUCUAAACUUUAAUAUGUAUUUUAUGUAUGUUUACACUGUCAAACAUCUGGGGGAAAAAUAAAUGGUCUAUGCUCA